AUGACAAUACUCGGACAUCGAUCCAAGAUCAAGUCGAGCGACCUAUCCCUUGAUGGAAGAAGUCUUCUGCAGCAGGGCAACAGGUGCACGGGCCCGGGUCUAGUACGUCAACUGAGGGUUUCCGCACUUUGCCCGCACAACACCAUUUUCACAGAGGAGAAUGUUGUCUUGGUUCACAGUUAUUCAACGGACUCAGCGAGUGUUUCGAGGAGAUGUCUGACUUGCAGAUCUCGCGUGGAGUUUUACAAGCUGGCUAAAGCACUCCACCUGGACAAGGAACCAGGUCAAGUCUAUUGCAGAUUCCGUGACUGCAAUUCACAAAUCUUGGCAUCGAGCGCGUUCUGCCGGGACCACAUUCUAGAGAGUGCAUGCCAAUUCACUGAGGACUCUGGCGUCGGACCAGAGAUUAUGAUAAACCUCCAAAGCCAGUUUCAGAGGUCUUCGAGCAAUCCUUGGCAAUUGAGGGAGGAUUCAUUGCUUGGCAAAGAAGUCCUCUCGAGGAUAAAAAGCGGCAUCCUGGAGAAAUUCGGGAUGCCCUCGGCUGUGUGUAUAGAUCUGGAGGCCUGUGUAAGCACCGGUCGAGUCUUUCAAGUGGGUAUAUGUGACCUAGAGGGAAGGAAACUUCUAAAUUGCGGUACGAUCCUCAGUCGCGAAGAGACACGGAGGACGUCAGCAGACCCGGGCAGCAUGAAUGAAAUCCUGCAGGUCACAUUCGAGCGCAAAGCUCGCGCUCUGUCCUCGGCAGACGGCUGUAUGUCUGUCGAGCAGGUGAGUGCGAAACUGAGGAAACUCUUUCCUCGGCCCGAAAAAAAUGAUUUUCAUUUCUUGGGCCAAAUCGAAGUUCGAUCUAUCUCACUUGUGAGACUGGCUAGAAGCCGCUGGUCAUUCGGGAGUGCUGCCUGGAAACGACAGGUGCUACUUGGUCAUGCAGGAUUUCAGACACAACCUGGACAGGAUUCUAGGAAAGACAGCUUUCGAAGGCCAAGUUUUCCCGCUAAGGUUGCCGAUUUUCUUUCCCGUCGUUAUGGGGGAAGGCCAUCCUCUUUCUGGCAGAAACCAUCACGCUCUUAUUGA